GCCACAAUUCUUCUUCUUCCCUGAAAAACCCCAAAGGAAGAAGAGAAAAGCCUCUCAGAUCUCAUCUUAAACCCUUUCUUUUCUCUUAUACUCGCCUUACCCAUGGCUCUACUCGUUGAGAAGACCACCUCUGGCCGCGAGUACAAGGUGAAGGACAUGUCUCAGGCUGACUUCGGCAGGCUCGAAAUCGAGCUUGCUGAAGUUGAAAUGCCUGGUCUCAUGGCUUCACGUGCUGAAUUUGGCCCUUCACAGCCCUUUAAAGGUGCAAAGAUCACUGGAUCUCUGCAUAUGACUAUCCAAACUGCUGUCCUUAUUGAAACCCUAACUGCUUUGGGUGCUGAAGUUAGAUGGUGUUCUUGCAACAUCUUCUCAACUCAGGACCAUGCUGCAGCAGCCAUUGCACGUGACAGUGCUGCUGUCUUUGCCUGGAAAGGUGAGACUUUGCAGGAGUACUGGUGGUGUACUGAGAGGGCACUUGACUGGGGUCCAGGUGGUGGUCCUGAUCUGAUUGUUGAUGAUGGAGGUGAUGCUACUCUGUUGAUUCAUGAGGGAGUUAAGGCUGAAGAGGAGUUUGCUAAGAAUGGAACAGUCCCAGAUCCCACUUCUACUGACAAUGUUGAGUUUCAACUUGUGCUUACUAUUAUUAAGGAGAGCUUAAAGACUGAUCCAUUAAGGUACACUAAGAUGAAGGAGAGACUUGUUGGUGUUUCUGAGGAAACUACCACUGGUGUUAAGAGGCUUUACCAAAUGCAGGCUAAUGGAUCUUUGCUUUUUCCUGCUAUCAAUGUUAAUGACUCUGUUACCAAGAGCAAGUUUGACAACUUGUAUGGAUGCCGCCACUCACUUCCCGAUGGUCUCAUGAGGGCUACUGAUGUUAUGAUUGCUGGAAAGGUUGCUCUUGUUGCUGGUUAUGGAGAUGUCGGCAAGGGAUGUGCUGCUGCCAUGAAACAAGCUGGUGCCCGUGUGAUUGUGACUGAGAUUGACCCAAUCUGUGCUCUCCAGGCUACCAUGGAAGGCCUCCAGGUUCUUCCUCUUGAGGAUGUUGUUUCUGAGGUUGAUAUCUUUGUGACCACCACCGGUAACAAGGACAUCAUCAUGGUUGACCACAUGAGGAAGAUGAAGAACAAUGCCAUUGUCUGCAACAUUGGUCACUUUGACAACGAAAUCGACAUGCAUGGUCUUGAAACCUUCCCUGGUGUGAAGAGGAUCACAAUCAAGCCACAAACCGACAGAUGGGUCUUCCCAGACACCAACAGUGGCAUCAUUGUGUUGGCCGAGGGUCGUCUCAUGAACUUGGGAUGUGCCACUGGACACCCCAGUUUUGUGAUGUCUUGCUCUUUCACUAACCAAGUCAUUGCCCAACUCGAGUUGUGGAAUGAGAGGAGCAGUGGCAAAUACGAGAAGAAGGUGUACGUCUUGCCAAAGCACCUUGACGAGAAGGUUGCUGCCCUUCAUCUUGGAAAGCUCGGAGCCAAGCUUACCAAACUCACCAAGGAUCAAGCUGACUACAUUAGCGUACCUGUUGAGGGUCCUUACAAGCCUGCUCACUACAGGUACUGAGGGGAAGAGACGCUCACAGUGGAACAACGAUACGGCGGCAUGAUUGUUUUGUUUUUAAUACUUUUAUUUUGUUUAGGUAGUGUGUUUUUAUUUUUGUUGGGGGAUAUUUUGCUGGAAAGUUGACCUAAAUGUGUUUGAAUAAUAUUUGAAUUAUGGUUGGGGUGGUGUCAUAUGAUAUUGUACCAAGUUAGAUUCAUUUGCUUUCUUGUUUCUAUAAAAUUUGCUUCAAGGAAACAAAGCAUCAUG